ACCUUCACUACACCUGCAUUUCUCGGCGAAACUAUCAAUGCUGAAGAUUUGCCAUUGUCCGUGCGUGACUUCUGGUGCACACAACAAAAGGAUUUGCAGCAAAUAUGGAAAAGGAUCCAUACUAUUGUCCCAAGAGUUGAGCAUGAGAAAUUUCUGUGGGCAUGGCAUGUUGUAAAUACUCGAUGUAUUUAUGUGGAAAAUAAACCACAUCCGAGCAUUGAUAAUUCUGCUGGAGGUAGGGAGCAAAACUAA